AUGUUCGAGUCUAUUGAAGAUAUGUACACAGCUUUAUGUAAAUAUAAGGAAACCCCUGGCACUUAUGCGAACGUAACCAAUAAACUGGACAAGAUUCUAACUAAUUUUGAGAAAUUAUUUUCUACCGCCGAAGUAAAAGAAUUUGUCGACAAACUUCAAGAGGAACAAGAAGAGCGUGGAUUUGAUGAGGUUCUUCGACUCAAUGUGGCAUCUGCCUGCACAAUUAAAGCCUUAGAGGGCUAUCGCACGAAUCAAACAGUCAUUAAUGAAUUAAAAAAUGGCAAACACGAGAAAGGACCUCCUCCAAAAACAAAAAGAAAAAAUAACGUAAAUAAGGACAAUGCAAGCUCAGAGAUAAAGAAUAGCUCAGAAUAUGAUGAAAGACCAAAUAAAGCUAAAAAGCAGGCUACAAAUAACAGUGAAGAAGUCAUUAGAAACAGUGUUGCAAGUAAAAGUGCCUUUUAG